GCUCCUGCCAUACCACAUGAAAAUUUCACAUUAUAUAUUUAUAGACUAUUCCUUGGUCCAAAACAGAAGGAGGAGGGGCAGACUGGUAGUCAUCUCAACCAGACAAAAAAGUGAAUGCUUGGGUGCCAGUCUUUGGUGGCUGGGCACAGAGAGGAAGUUCUGAGAGACGGCUGUGCUGCGGGUUGCCACCACAGACGUCUUGCAUCACAUCCCAACAAAGCUUGUAAUCAGGCGUCGAAGUUUUUGCUGUACACUGCAUCAUGCCAACCUCCUGUCGAUGAGACGAGGAACGAGACGAUGAGCAGAGAUCCCAUUGCCCACCUGGCAGAAGGAGGCUAUAGAGGGGUAAUCGGAGGGUGGUAGCUCACUGCCUCUACAGCAGCACUGCUAAGCUCAGGUCUAUAACCGCACCUGAGAGCAUGCCAGGUGGAUGGGUGUUGGCUGCGGCCCCUGUUAAGCUGUGUGUCUUGGGCUGCCUUCUGCUGGCUCUACCAGCUGGCCAGGCCUUCCUGCCCAAUUUCUGGUCACGGAUCCUAACGUUGUCGUGGGACUCCCACACACACCAGUACAUGACAGAACAGGCCCUGCUCAACAUUACACUGGACACACUGAGUGCACUCAGACCACAGGAUCUUCAAGCGACACCCCAGCAGACAGUGCUGGGUCGAGGUUUCUGGCAUGCAGUAGGAGAGGUGGUGCGGGCCAAUGCAAACGUGGACUUCUGGAGCACCACGAGAUCGGACCCGGAGUAUCACUUUGACUCGGAGCGUGUGGAGGGAGCCACUGCAAAGCUCAGGGAAUUCUGGAACCAGACCCUGAGUUCCAUUCGCAAUAAGGAAUACCAAGGGGCCAGGAAAAGUCUGGGCCAGCUGCUUCAUUCCCUUCAGGACUUCUACAGCCACAGUAAUUGGGUGGAGAUGGGACAGCAGUCAGUCUACCUUCACCUGCUGCACCCGGGGGAGCCAUCAGUUCCUGUAGCUUCAGUGGACAUUCCCACCUGUGCGGAGUGCUACACCACCACAUGCAGGGACAAUGUUCUACCCAAGCUGACCCAAGGUCAACAUCCUCCACUACUCACCACAGGGUAUUUCAGCACUCAACCUGUGAAACCUCCUGGUAAGUGCAGCCAUGGCGGAUUGCUGGACAGCAGCCGGCACCGUGAGGCUAAGGGUGGCAUCAAUAAGGACAGCACAUCUCCCCUCUUCUCUCCUCAUCACUAUCUCCACGCUGAGGCUGCCCGACUCGCCACUGCGGCAACCGUGGCUAUGUUGCUGGACCUCCGCAAUGCAGUGGGCCCAUCCAGCUUCCUGAGGCUGCUCAGUGUCAGGGAGCGGCCAGCAUUGGUCUUUGUGAUGGACACAACGGGCAGUAUGUUUGAGGAGAUCACAGCUGCCCGCCUCCGUGCCCUAUCUAUCAUCCAAGCGCGUGCUCAUGACCCUGAGCAGCCAGGAACCUACCUGCUGGUGCCCUUCCAUGACCCAGAUGUAGGUCCUGUUUAUGAGACGGAAGAUCCUGAGAUGUUUAUGCACUACCUGGAAAAUCUGACAGCCCUUGGGGGAGGAGAUGAGCCAGAAAUGUGCCUCUCUGCAGUGUUGCUGGCCCUGACUCACAGCCCUCCCCUGUCGGAGAUCUUUGUCUUCACUGAUGCCUCUCCCAAGGAUGCCCAUCUCAACAGCACAGUAGAGGCGCUGGCCCUGGAGAAGCAGAGCAAGGUGACCUUCCUGCUGACAGAGGACUCAAGCAGUGUGGGAAGAGGCAGGGGAGCACGGAAGAGGAGGGAGGCGUUGUCUGCAGAAAGAUUCUUCCUGUACACCAGGCUCUCUUCAGUGUCAGGUGGAUUGACCAUCUUCACCACUAACAGUGACAUCCAGAGAGUGUCUGCCAUUGUCCAGGACAACACUGCUGGCAACAAGGUCACACUACUGCAUGCUGAGAGCGACUCCUCGUCCGUCCUCAACCACAGCUUCCACGUGGACCAAGCGGUGAAGACUGUUACCCUGCACCUGGCUGGCACUCUGAAACACUGCAUCCUCACUAACCCAACAGGUCACAUUCAGUCCCUUCUGGGAGAUCCAGGUCCCCUUGCUGAGCUCGAGAGGUUCCAGGGUCUUUUCAGGAUCGCCCUGCUGGACCCCAUUCAACGUGGCCAGUGGCACCUCAGUGUCCGGUCAGAGGGACACAUCGCACUUAAUGCCAUCGGCGACAGCAGCGUGGACUUUCUGUACUACUUUGCCGUGGAGGACAAUGGGACUCACCCGGGUCUUGCCAAGGUGGAAGGCACUCCGGUAGCAGGUGUGCCCACUUUCGUGGUGCUUUCGGUGACGGGCCUGUCCCCUCGUGAUGAGGCAUCCUUUACCCAUGUGACCUUGCUGGGUGUUAAUGGGGAGAGUCUGCUGGAGGUGCCGCUAAACUCCUCAUCCUCCUCUGCCUCUGGGGAAGAGCUGGUUGGCAGGAUGGAGUCUGUGCCCCGAGAGCCCUUCAGUGUGCGUUUGUGUGGGAGGGACGGCUUGGGAGGCCCACUGGAGAGGGUCUCUACAGAGAUUGUCCAGCCUACCCAUGUACGGAUUGAGGUCCUUUCUGCACCACACCUGGUCCCUGGUCACAGAGCCGUGGUGCGCUUUCACGUGUUGAACCACGGUCCAGCACGGCACUUUAAGCUGAAUACGGAGAAUGACCGAGGGUUCCUCUCGCAGUCAGGUCCUCAAAGGCUGUUUGUGGAUGAGAGAGGGUCAGUGACAGGGGAGGUGGAGAUCAACACCCCUAGUACUGCAGAGCCAGGAGGGGCAGUCACGCUCAUUCUCACUGUUCGAGCACAGGAUUCCCCUGAUGGGAACUACGCUGUGGUGCACCUGACUAUCAUUCCACCGGACCCUGACUGGCACCCCCCAUCUUGUUCCCCGAUGCGAGUGGAGGCAUCCUGCCCACCUGUCUGCAGUCAUGGCAGCUGGGCUGUGUCUUUCACCAUAUCUGACAAGGGGCAGUCUGGUUUGGCUGCCCUUCAGCUCUUACACGGUGAGGGGACCCUCAGUCUCAUCCACGGACACCGGGCACGGGAAGGGAGAAAACGGAGGACGGAUGGGAAAAGGGGUCAAGAAUAUGAUGCUAACAGACAUGGAAGUGAUGGACACAGACAUGACAGACAUAGACAUGAGAGACAUGAGGUGCCCCUGUUGCGGCAGGGAGAAUCACCAUUGAACAUUUCUGCUUGGGCCAGCGUGGCUCCCCUCCGUGUGAGGUACAAGUCUAGCUGCUGCUUCCCACAGGCAGUGCUCCUAAUAUGGGAUGGAGCCGGAAACCUGAUGCGCUGCCGCUUGUCCUCCAGCCAGGAGGGAUCAUCAAAGGAGAGCUCAAGUAGCGCUGAGAGGAGAGAAAUUAUGCCGUUUGUAAUGCUGAUGGGUGUCUUGGUUCCUGUAGUUAUGUUUGCACUCAUUUGAUGGACUGCCAUGCCUUUGGUCUUGUUAUGCCUGUAUCUAUAUACAUGUGGAUUGGAUGCUUACUGUGUAGAAGCUUUCCAACCAGGUCCUGUCCCAUGUUUUUUGGAGAUGCCACUGGACAAAUCAGGCUUUUAAUUUACUGUAGCUUGCACUUGUGACCAGUUUGAGUGUAGACAAGUGAAUUCAGAAGUGAUUCAAUUCAAAUGGUCUCCUCUGUCGUCCAAGUAUCAGCCUGUGGAUAUAUAGAACUGCGAGGAUGUCAUACUCUAGGACAAUAUGUUCAAUGUAUCUGAAUAACAUACUGUAUUUCAGGCCUUUGAUCCUGAUAACAUAUCUGAACAAAUAAUUCUGACUGAAAUUUUUAAUUAACCAACUGUCACACUGAUGUGGGUGUUCUCUGUGCAGUCUUUAAACGUGCAUUAUAAAUGAGAAGAUGCCACUAAAAUCUUAAAACUGUAUCUCUAGCCUUUUUUUGUUUCUAUAACUGUUAAUCAUUUUUGGACACACAGUUAAUUUCUUGUCCAUUUUUAGUUAAGUAUUUACCCAAAUCUUCUUAGCACUGAAACUGGAAUGUACAAGGAGUUGGACGGUUGUGCAACAACUGGCAACUUGCGUUGAGAACUGGGAAUUAUUAAAUUAUUUACAACAAUGCUAACUAUUGGUGAAAA